AUGAUCAUUUGGCCAAUUUUGUUAGUGGUGGUAGUUUUCUGUCACAUAAGUCAAGGUCAAGAACCUCAAAACAACAACAACGAUCCAACAUCGAAACAAAAAACAAUCAAUCUCAGUGAAGGUGUGGUGUGUGAUUGCGGAUUCGAGGAUGAGAAUCACAAUGUGUGGACAGAUGUUUGGUAUGCAGAUUACGGGUUGCACAAAUCCAGCUUGCAGUAUGAUCCGCAGUAUCUUGUUAUGGGCUACACGGUUGGAGCAAAGCAUAAUAAUACCCUUUCCCGAGUAUUUUCUCCCAGUAAUGUCAAAUUGUCUCAGGAAAACGGUAUCACACUGUCUGUCAGGCAAAAUGGAGACGGCAAAUAUACAUCUGCGGCUGUUGGAACCAAAAGAAAGGACUUCCUGUACGGUACCUACCGUGCUCGUAUGAAGUCCAGCAAUGUACCUGGCACCGUAGCUUCCUUCUUCUUUUACCGUAAUGAUACAAGCGAAAUUGAUAUUGAAUUGCUCAGUAGAUUCCAUGAUCCAUACAAGACUUACUUUGCUAUCCAGCCUCAAAUCUAUGACAAUGGUACCGCAUCCCCAUUAACAAACGAGAAGCAUGAUUUACAAUUCAACCCGACUGAGGAUUACCACGAAUACAGAUUUGACUGGUUACCCGGUUCAGUGAAGUUCUACAUUGAUGGUACAUUUACACGUGAAAUGACCACCAACGUCCCUGACUCUCCUGGAAGAAUCCUUUUGAAUCACUGGACUGAUGGAGACCCUACUUUCAGUGGCGGUCCUCCUACGGAAGAUGCUGAUUUGAAUGUUUCUCAUCUUAAUCUAUUUUUUAAUUCCUCCGAGAGCAAGUCCCCGCUAUUAUGCAGUAAAUCAAAGACGCCAUGCCAAAUUUCUGAUAUUAUGAAUGGACAUCUCUUACCUGGCACAGGAGUGAAUCAACCGUCGAAUGCCUUGGCUAUAACGCCUAGAUCAUCUUUUGGAUGUUUAAUAUUGACCAUAUUAUUGGAUUUCAUCCUUUUCUAA